UAAAGGAUGGGAUAAACUUGUUGAUGUUGAGUUGGCAGUUUGGCUUCAAACGUGAUUUACUUUCCUCUCUUCUUCUUUCCUUUUAACUAUCCAGACUAGUGUUUUCAACGUCAGCCCUUCGACGUGCAGGUGAAAAUCGGCUAUUUUGCAGACAGCAGGUCUCUUGCGUUUAGCCGGGGUCACCACUCAGCCGAUCGGGUUCAUCUCCGCUGUCCUCAGCUAGCCUGCCCUCAUUCAUUGCAUGCUCCACACUAGACGUUUUUGACAUUUUAUUUCUUAGAUUUUAUUUGGAGAAGGUGGAGGCACGAAUGAGACCAUUGUCAUGACACUACGGAGAGUAAACGUGAUCAUCCUUGUGCUCCUGGCUGUGGCCUUUCUGAUCGUAGUUCAACGAAAUCUCCUCAACCUCAGCGAUUUUUUACACAAAGAAAACUCAGAUGUGGGGAUGAUUCUUCCCUUCGAGUCCGAGCUGUCCCCGGACCUCAAAUUGCAGUUGGUGAGAAGAGGAGAUGCCAUCCCAGUUGUCAUCACUGCCGUCGAGGACAGACUCGGUGCUGUGGUUGCUGCCAUGAACAGUGUUUACCAGAACAGCAAAGCCAACGUUGUCUUCACCGUUGUCACCUUGAAUGACACCGUCAGUCACUUGAAGGAGUGGCUAAGUGACAUACGGUUAAAGCACGUUAAAUACAGGAUAGCUGUUUUCAAUCCUGACCUCCUCAGUGGGAAGAUUUCUCAAGAUCCUCAGAUACUGGAAGCUACAAAACCAUUGACUUUUGCCAGGUAUUACCUGCCAGCCUACAUACCCGAGGCAGAGAAAGCCAUCUAUUUGGAUGAUGAUGUUAUUGUGCAAGGAGACAUUCAGGAGCUUUUCGAAACCAGCCUCAGACCAGGUCAUGCAGCUGCCUUCUCGGAUGACUGCGACUCAGCAUCUUCAAAGGGGAUCAUUCGUGGGGCGGGUACUCAGAAUAACUAUUUAGGUUUCCUGGACUUCAAGAAGGAGGCGAUCAAGACGCUGGGGAUGAGAGCCAACACCUGCUCCUUCAACCCCGGGGUCAUCGUCGUUAACCUGACUGAAUGGAAGAACCAAAACAUCACGCAGCAGCUGGAGCACUGGAUGGAGCUCAACACCAAGGAGGAUUUGUACAGUAAAACACUUGCAGAGAGCAUCAUUACUCCUCCGCUCCUCAUUGUCUUUUACAAACGUCACUCCAUUGUGGACCCGAUGUGGCAUGUGAGGCACCUCGGUAGUACCGGUGCUGGAAAUCGCUACUCGGCCCAGUUUGUAAAAGCAGCAAAGCUCCUUCACUGGAACGGACACUACAAGCCGUGGGGAAGAGUGUCUUCUUUCUCCGACGUGUGGGACAAGUGGUUCAUCGACGACCCCACGGGAAAGUUUCAUCCUGUGCGCAGACACUCCGGGGACAGAUAGACGGAGACUAUACUGGACUUUUGGGAGCAAAAACAAACCUCGAUAUAUCUCAGGAUCUAAGCAAAGCCUUCUACCUUUUUCAGUUCCACCAUGUGGAGCUUCAUACAGCACAUUUCCUGUUUUUUUUUUAUGACUAGAGUAUUACACCACUCUCCUUGCUUUGAGUUUUCCUUCCAAGAGCAAAUAACUUUAUUUCACAUGAAUUUAUUCAAUUCUUUUUAAAAUUGUGUAUAACUGUGCUGACAUGUGCAAAUGCUGCCUCAACAGUGCUGGGAUCAGAUGGGAUGUUCUCAAAAGAUGUUACUCUGUAUCUGCUGCAUCCAACACUCUUCUCAGAGUUAAGAAGCUGCAGAUGCUUUCAUCACACUACAGCAGCUCGACGGUACUCUCUAAACCAGUCCCAGUGAAAUAAGUCACUGAACAUUUUUUUUUCCUUCAUAACCAAUCUUUUUCCUCCAUAACUAAUUAUGCUACUUAUGUUGAUAGCAGUACAUUUCCUUUGAAUGACCAUAUUCAGACCACUAAGCAAGUGUCUGGAGGAAUUACCAGCCAAGUGUUGGCCUGCUUCAGGAUUUGUUUUAUACAUAACGGUCACCU